GUAACUGGAGGCUCCAGUGGAAUCGGAAAAUGUAUUGCUAUUGAAUGUUAUAGGCAAGGUGCUUUCAUCACGCUGAUUGCAAGGGAUGAGAACAAGCUGUUGCAGACAAAGAAGGAAAUAGAAAAAUACUGUGUUAAUGACAAGCAGGUUGUACUGUGUAUUUCUGUUGAUGUAUCUAAAGACUACGAACAGGUGGAGAAUGUUCUAAAACAGGCUCAAGAGAAGCUGGGUCCAGUUGACAUGCUUGUAAACUGUGCAGGAACGUCAGUUACAGGAAAAUUUGAGGAUAUUGAAGUGAAUUCCUUUGAA